AUGCCUCUCUUCAAGAGGACACCUUUCUUCUUACUGGACCCACCAAAGGACUUGGAUCCCAAGGAGAAGGUGUUCCAAGUUCGAUUUACUAAGGAGAUAUUUCGAGAUUACCAGGAGUACCUGAAUAGGUUGAACCUUUACCGUAAAAGGGUUUGGACAUGUAAGGUGUCUGGAAAAUCUAAUUUAACCUAUGAGGAAGCUUUGGUCUCAGAGCAGCGGGCUGCAGAGAAGGCUCAACAGUUGCCAAGAGAGCUUAUGUCUCCUGUUCUCCAGAUGAUCCAAUACAGUACACUUAACUUAACUGACCUUGUCAACAAGAUAUAUGGCAGUCUGCAAGAGAAUCUGUUUGAAGGAUUAGAAUUACAUGCUAAAAGAGAUGGUUCGGAGGCUGCUUGCAAGAUUCUGAAGGUUAUAGGUUCAGGUAAAACCACAAGCUAUGAGGUGGGCUGGAUUGGUCAAGACAAUGCAAUUACCAGCACUUCAGUUCUCAGAGCCGACGAUCUAAUUCGCAAGAAAGCACCUUGUGGUCGUAAUAUGCUCAAGAUUUUUGUCAGGGAAUCAACAUCACAAAACUCUCCAUGGAUCGUACAUAUGAAUCUUGCAAAGAAAUAUGGCAUACCCACUGAGCCUCCAAAAGACAUGAUUAAUGGUGAAGGAUUGUCCAAAGCAAGGAAAAGACUAGCGAAUGGGACUGCAGAAGAUGCCAGCAAAAGGUCAAAGAAAGAUGAGGAGCAAGUAGUACCAGUUAAAUACCCAAUCGAUGAUCUUUUAGUAAAGCCGGUGGCAGAUGACCCUCUUUUGUCAAAGAGAUGCCCAGCAUCCACAGAUUUCAAAGUCCCUAUAAGUUCUGUGGGAGAUCUCCUGAUGGUCUGGGAUUUCUGCAUGUCUUUUGGGAGGCUUUUAUGCUUGUCGCCGUUUUCCUUGUCAGAUCUGGAGAAUGCAAUUUGCCACAAAGAAACCAAUCUUGUUCUUCUUGUGGAAAUACACACUGCACUUCUCAAUUUGCUUAUUAAUGAUGAAGGCGAAUAUUUUGAGUUUAUCCAGAACAAGAACAGAAAAUCAAAGGUAUCUCUAGUCACCUGGAAGGAGUAUCUAUGUGAUUUCAUGGAAAUGACAAGUAUCUCCAGUAACAUAUCAACAGUACGGAGGGGUCACUAUGGUCUUGUUCCCACUAGCCUGAAACUUGAAAUCCUACGGGAAUUGGUAGAUGAAGCCAUUGCAACUAUUGCUGUAAAAGAGAAAUUAGAUGAACGCAUUGAUCAGCAACAUGCACUUGUAGCAGAAAAAAGAGAGAUUGCUAGAAAGAGUAAGGAAGAGCAGAAGCUGAUCAUGGAAGUGGCAACAGAAAAGGAAAUGAAUCAGGCAAAUGCUGUACAGGAUGGCAACGAGAAUGUUAAUAGCCAGCUUGUGGCAAAAGAAGGGAACGAGAGGAAAAACGCUCCCACCAGCAAAAUGGGAGAUGCGAAAUUGCAUCUGGUCGGCAACGGGAAUGUUAAUAGCCAGCUUGUGGCAAAAGAAGGGAAGGAGAGGAAAAACGCUCCCGCCAGCAAAAUGGGAGAUGUGAAAUUGCAUCUGGGGAGGCAUCUGGAGAAAGAACUACUGGACCAAUCAGUACGAACUAGUCCUCUUGGAAAAGACAGAUACUAUAACAGGUAUUGGUUUUUUAGGCGUGAAGGAAGACUUUUUGUUGAAAGUGCAGAUUCCAAAGAGUGGGGGUACUAUAGCACCAAGGAAGAGCUUGAUGCGCUCAUUGGGUCUUUAAACAUUAAAGGCAUAAGGGAGAGAGCACUCAAACAACAGCUUGACAAGUUCUACAACAAGAUAAGUAAUGCUGUGGAGAAGAGAUUGAAGGAGGUGACACAUCAGUUGUUAGUUGAAGAGGCUGUGUUGCGGCGUUCAUCUCGUGUACAUGCUCAUCCAAAGGACAGCCCUUCUACGUCAUUCCUCGAGUAUGUCAACACAUGGAAGCCUGUUCAAAAGAGAAACAGAUCGAAAGAUGACCGAGCUACUUAG